AUGGAAGCAAAGACUCCUCGUGCUGCCUCAGAACCAUUGAAGUAUCAGACAUGGUUCUUGAAGGUUUCCAUACACUGUGAAGGUUGCAGAAGGAAAGUAAAGAAAGUUCUACGCAACAUUGAUGGUGUUUUCACUACAACAAUUGAUCCCCAACAGCAGAAGGUUACAGUGACGGGAAGUGUUGGUGUUGAGACUCUCAUAAGGAAACUGAUCAAAGCUGGGAAGCACGCUGAGAUUUGGCCGGAAAAUGGCGCCGGAAAGGACGGGAAACCGAAGAAGAGGAACGAACAACAAAGAGAUGCAGAAAGCGUGGAGAACCACCAUCGUUCCCCUGCAAAUGCUGAAUCAAACUCUGUCUCUGCCAAAAACAGGGGAAUUGAAAAUGCAGACAACUCAAGCAACACCAAGAAGAAAACCAGCGAGUCCAAAACCGGCGGCAAAAAGUCGGCGGAGAAGUCUCCGGGAGGUGGUGCCUCACCACCGGAGCAAGAGCAGAAGGGUAAGGGUGGUGGUGGUGAAGGUGAAGGUGAAGGUGAAGGUGAAGGUGGAGGUGGAGGGGAUUCGGUGAAGAAGAAUAAGAAGAAGAAAAAGAAGGUUCAGAGUAGUGGAAUUGAAAAGAAUGGGUCGAGUUCAGCAUCAUCAAGCGGUGCAGGUGCACACAGUGGAUCAGGAGAGGGAGUGGGGCAGAUGAAUCUGAGCCCUACACGUCAGCAAGAAUGGGCAUAUGCAUAUCCAGAAUCAGAAUCUUACUACUACCCAGGAGCAGGACCUUUGGUGUACCUAGCAACAUAUAACAGAUUUUGUCCCAUGGCCAUGCAUGGCAAAAUGGGUGGUGGUCCUUCUUACUAUGUUUCACCAUUGCCCUACAUCUCUGCAGGUCUUGACCAUGACCCUUACCACUUUCAAUCUCCACCGUUGGUUCCCUUUGAGAUCUUCAGUGAUGACAAUGCUAAUGCCUGUUCUCUUAUGUGAACUUGAUUGCACCUUCUGUU